GUGAAGUGUGGGUGACAUUGGCAGGCAAUGCUACUGCUAUCAGAUCGAAAGCCACAGCUUGUCGUGGAAGUUUUGGUGUUCAGUCAUGCCCCUCACCAGCCCUGUGUGGGCUGUGGCGGCGGGGUCUCAAUGACGAAGCCGUCACUUUUGGAACAAAAUUAAGACCGCUUUGCGCCCGACCGUUUCAAUACACCACACGACAUCAUACGACUCAAAGCUCUGCUUGAAUAUCUCCAUAUCUCGCAUAUCAACAGCAAAUAGCCUGCAUACUCCAAUAUGUCUCUCGGCGCACCCGGCGUUCCGCUCGAUGCAGAGCAUGCCGACAACUUCGAGGAUAUCGAGAAGCAGUUCGCAGUGAAGGUCGUCCAGCACAUGGAGACGUACUGGAACAUCCUCGAAAAGGUCAAGGGCUCGACUCUACGCCUCACCAAGCUCGACGACGAGAUCUAUGAGCACUUCCAGAAGGAGUUCCCCGACUUCGAUGCAGCAGCCACAAUAGACGAGGACGAGAUGAAGAGCAAGGCUGGAAAGGAGCGAUGGCGCAACUUCAUUAACGUGUACGAGACAAAGGUGGACGACUACAACUUCGGUGCCAUGCUGCGUGCUAGCCACAAGACAGACUACACACAGGAGGGGACGAUCUUUGCCGUGCGCAUGCAGUUUUACGCUGUCGAGAUCGCUCGUAACCGCAAGGGCCUGAACGACUGGGUCUACGAGCAGGCUCACCAGGGCAAAUAGACAGGUUCAAAGCAGCAUGACCUGACUCUUAGCCAUACGAAGGGUGGAAAGCGUCCUGCAUUGUCGUUUUACGGGUCGGGACUUGUCCGUGAUGACCUACCGGUCCCGUGCGCUUCGAGUCGCCGCCAUGUACGAACGAUUGUACUACAAUCUCUCUCGCCGUCUUGCUCGGAACUAUUUGCCUUUGUCCGGCCCGUUAAAUCUAUGAGCUACAAUAGAUAAUUGGUUCGGAGGGGUAGGAGGCGGAACCCUCCCACAAGCAUGGGAGUGGGUCUUCUGCAGGUCGCCAUGCUUGCGCUGCAUACAUCUAACAAAUCAACGCAAACUUU